UAUGCAAACCUUGACCCCAUAUCGGUGGAAACGCUGCGGGCAGGAAUGGAAGGCGUGACUCGUGCGAUUGAGCGAAAACUUGCUGCUGAGCUUCCACCGCGCUUUGGAAUUCUGUUCGAUGGGUAG